AUGGAGAUUCUGGACUCAUUCAAAACUGUCCGUGUUCAAGAUGAUGUGGUUCAGUCUGCAAACGGUACUACGACUAUCCCCCUUUGCUCUGCUCUGCUGUUGCUCAACAUGCAGACUUCUUCUACAGCCCCAGCCACUGGGAACUCCACCUGCACCACCUGCAUCAGCAUGAAGGAGUUUAAUCGGACAUGGCACAUGAACAUGCCGCAGCCGCCUGCCUCUGCAUCUCUUAAGGACUCACACACCUGCAAGCAGGCAGCCAAAGAGAUGAUAGGAGAGCCGCACCAACGCGCCCUGGCCCCAUGGAAGUACAGCAUUGACACCGAUAAUAACCGGAUCCCGAAUAAGAUCGCCGUUGCCAAGUGCCUUUGCCGGGGCUGCAUCAUCAACCAGCGUGAAAAACAUGACUACAACUCUGUGCCUGUGAAAGCUUCGCUGAUGGUCCUGAGGAAGUCUCGGUGCCCACAUGACCCAGAUAAAUAUGUGUUCAAAACAGAGUUUAUAUUGAUCCCCGUGGCCUGCACUUGUGUUGUGCCCAACUCAUCCUAAUGAAUUUUCUGACUUCAUAUAGAAUCUAAACAUAACCACCACUAAAUCAUUUACUUAAAAUCUUGUCCAGACAUUGGUGGUCAAGCAGUUAGCAGUUAGGUUACGAGCACCAGCAUGAAUUUGAU